AUGAGAGAAUUAAAGAAAGACGAGUUCGCUAGGGUUGUGGCCAAACUUCACAAUUAUAUCAAAGAUGCUGAUGAAUUACUGAACAGACCGGACGACAAGUACAAUUUCUACUUCCAUCGUGACCGUGUUUUUUAUUGUCGUUCAACUCUCGCAAAACACGCAGCAUCAAUUAAAAAAAAACAUUUACUGAGCUUCGGAACAUGUAUUGGUCGCUUCUCGAAAACAGGCAACUUUAAGCUACACAUAACUGCACUUGAUUUCUUAUCUCCGUAUGCCAAGUUCCGGGUAUGGUUAAAAGCACCAUCUGAACAGCAGUUUCUGUAUGGACAAAAUAUUCUGAGGUCAGGUGUUGCUAAGAUGUCUGACAACACUCCUCAGUAUGCUGGUGUUGUUGUAAUGAACAUGAGUGAUAUGCCUCUAGGUUUUGGGGUCGCUGCCAAGUCAUCUCUGCAAGUAAAGAACACUGAUCCGAUGACUGUAGUCCUCUUUCACCAAGCUGAUGCUGACAAAGUACUAGCUCAAACUACGUUGGAGAAACUUAGCGGCCAGUACGAAUCUCAAGACUGCACAAAUUUGUCGAAAACGUCUGUAUUUUACAGUGGUGCCUCAUUCAAUCUCUUUUUGAUUUCACAUGUUCUAGUGAUUGGUGACUUCCAUAUUCCUGAUAGGAAACGUUCUUUACAUCCUGCAUUUAAAACUCUUUUGGCUCCUGGAAAAAUACAACAUAUACUAUGCACGGGAAACCUUACUUCAAAGUAUAUGUAUGACUAUUUAAAACUUAUUUGCGGAGAUGUGCAUGUUGUAAAAGGCGACUUUGAUAAGGCGUUGGACUUUCCUCUUACAAAGGUUCUGAGCGUUGGAAACUUCAAAAUAGGACUUAUACAUGGACAUCAAAUAGUUCCUUGGGGAGAUCAGAAAAGUCUAGCUACACUUCAGCGGGAGUUAGAUGUUGAUAUAUUGAUUAGUGGUCAUACUCAUAAGUUUGAAGCCUAUGAAUAUGCUGGACAUUUUUACAUUAAUCCUGGUUCGGCUACUGGUGCGUAUAGUCCUUUUGAACAAAACCCACAACCUUCAUUUGUUCUUUUGGAUAUUCAAGAAACUGUGAUACAAUUGUACGUGUACACUCUAGUGAAUGAUGAACAUAAAGUUUCACGCAUAGAAUACCAUAAAAACAAACAUGCUUGA